AUUUUUUGAGCCCGGUUUGGGAGAUACGACGUUGGCGCAUGUUUUUAUGAAUUUUUAAUAACUUAAGAAUAUUGAAUAUCACAAUUAAAAAUAUUAGAAUAUAAGAUCUUUAAUUUAUUUGUUCGCGUUUUAUUUAUAUUCAUAUUGAGUUUGAUUCGAGUCUAAUCGCAGACCGCAGUUAUGAGUUUAGUUGGAGCUGCUAAAUCUUUACUGCUUUUGGGACGGUGUGCUCCGUCUGUCAAACAAAAUGCAUCAAAAAUUAUUGUUAAGAAAUUAGAAUUAGAUCAAAACCUUUUAAUGUAUUUUCCUAAGAAUGAAGUGUACUAUGCUCAUGAUCCAGAAAAUCAGUGUAAGACUGGUGAUGUUGUGCUUAUCCAGGAAUUAUCUGAAAAACUAACAACUCACAUUACUCAUCAAGUGCUCAAAGUGGUGUAUCCUUUAGGUGAUGUUACAGACCCUAUAACUAAUAAAAAAGUCGCUGCACUUGGAAAUGGAUCAGUUACUUACAGGGGUGAUUUAGAAGAAAUUGAUAACCUUUAUGGUUUAACCGAGAAACGAUUCAAUUAUGAUAAUGCACCUAAAAGAGGUUGGCAAGAGGACAAAAAAGAUUUUAGUCACAAAAAAAGCUACAUCAAAUACCACGAAUCUGGUGAAGAACAGCCUUAUUCAGUUCCAAGAUAAAUAUUUAAUAUGUAUAAGAUUGUUAUUUAUACGUAGAAAACAUAGUUUAUUAAAAAUACUAAAUAAUGAAUUAAUUUUAUAACAUUUUUUGUUAUGUAUUUUAUUUGACUUAAUAAAAUGAUAAAAACAA